GAAUUUCUUUGGAAAAAUAUCACUUUCCUUUAAACUUCCCAGCUCUUUCUAUCAAAAUUGAGAUUUGCGACUCUCAUCUGUCGCUCUCUCAUUAUGUCUUUAUAUAUAUAGAGUGAUGAGAUUGGGUUGAAAAGAGAGAAACAAAGUAACAGAAAAGCAAAAAAAAAAAAAUUAAAUGAGGAGGCAGAGGGGAAGAGAAUUAGGAGAAGGAAGCUCAAUGUCGUGGAAGGAACAGCGAAACCUCAGAGAGAAAGAGCGACGAAUGCGCAUGAAACAUCUCUUCUUUACACUCUCUUCUCAUGUUUCUCCCACUCAUAGGUUACCGGUGCCUCAGCUUAUAGACCAUUCGGCAUCAUACAUGAUGCAAUUAAAAGAGAAGGUAAACACUUUGAGGGAGAAGAAAAAGACUUUGUUAGGAGAAGUCGGGAAUCUCCCUGAAGGGUCAUCGUUUAUUCUGCCGAAGCUCAGUAUUUGUUCGCGGGGCUCGAUCAUAAAAAUGAAUCUGAUUAUGGACCUGAACAUGAAAAGAGUGAUGCUACAUGAGCUUGUUAGUGUUUUUGAAGAAGAAGGAGCUCAAGUUAUGAGUGCUAAUCUUCAAAACUUGAAUGAUAGGAUCAAUUACACAGUCACAGCUCAGGCCAUCAUAUGUCGAAUCGGCAUCGAUCCAUCGAGGAUAGAAGAGAGAUUAAGGGAUAUCAUCUUUUGAUAAAAAAUUUAAAGCAUUAUUCUAAAUUUCGAGUUAUUAGCCUAUGCGCAAUGUUGUUUUAGGGUGUGUUUUUACGGGUUUACCAAUGUAUAAGGUUUUUAAACCAUAUAUGAGUAUUCUUUUUUA